AUGGUAGCAGAUGAGGAGAGCUGCUCGGACCAUCGCUACAUACACUUCAAUAUUGCAAGCGACACAAGGAUCAGCAUCUUUAAAAGAUACAAACUUCCGGGUAACAAAUUGCGAAUACUUAACAAAGCUUUCUCUCUAACAUUACAGCAAGAAGAGCAGGAGCUAAGUCAAUACAAGAGCCCCAAUGAUCUGAACACUUAUACCGAGCGGCUGCUUGACACUCUACGGAGCAUUUGCGAUCAGCACCUGCCCACCAGAGCAGCAAAACGUUUGCAAGGAAUUUCCUGGUGGACAAAGGAACUGCGACAGCAACGGCAAAAGUGCAGGGCUUUACGACGUCGCCUUCGCACCAACAUUAACGAAACCACCAAGAAUGCAAUACUAGCAACCUUUAGGAAGGAAAGAGCGCAUUAUAAAAAUAAUAUCCUUAAAGCCAAAAUAACCAGCUGGCGUAAGUUCUGCACAGAAAAUAACAACCCAUAUGGAAUUCUACACAAGCUUGCCACCAACAAGGUCUUUAAGCCGGAUCAACUCUAUGCCCAAAUUGCCAACCAACCCAUUACCACCAACAUAGCAGAAUCCACGGCAGCCACAACCUUAAACACAGUCUUCCCAGCAGAUGAUCCGGACGAUGACACGCCAGAACAACGGCACACAAGGGGAAACACCACUAUCCCAGAGACUUCAGACGACGAACCAUUUGAAAUGGAAGAGAUCAAGCAAAUCUUUCGACAGCUUCCAGUCAAAAAGGCACCAGGUCCUGACGGCCUGGAUUAUGCAAUAAUCAAGGUCGCCUUCAACGCUCGACCCACUUACUUUAAAGUUCUCUGUUUAACAAGCUUCUACAUUGUCAAAUCUUCCCUACUGCAUUCAAAAAAGGACAGGUCGUCCUGUUUUUAA